AUGCAGCAGGCAGGACUCAUCCACCCCUCCAACCCAGGCUGCUACUACUACCUGCCCGCCACUGUGCGCUCUAUGGAAAAACUGGUGCGAGUGAUUGACCAGGAGAUGCAGGCGAUCGGGGGGCAGAAGCUGGACAUGCCCAGUCUGUGCUCUGCUGAUCUUUGGAGGAGAACUGAGCGGUGGGAGCUGAUGGGGAAGGAGCUGUUUCGUCUCCAAGACCGACACAGUGCCGACUACUGCCUGAGCCCCACACACGAAGAGGCCGUCACCACUCUAGUGGCCCACCAGAGCACACUGUCCUACAGACAGCUGCCUCUGCUGCUCUACCAGGUCACCCGUAAAUUCCGAGAUGAGCCAAAGCCUAAGUUGGGCUUGUUGCGGGGGCGAGAGUUCUACAUGAAGGACAUGUACUCGUUUGAUGUGAGUGAAGAAGCCGCCUAUGGAACCUACGAGUCUGUGUGCGAGGCUUACACCAGGCUCUUCUCUCGCCUGGGCUUGCGAUGUGUUCAAGUGCAAGCAGACACAGGAAAUAUCGGCGGCACACUCUCUCAUGAAUUCCAACUCCCGGCGGACAUUGGCGAAGACAAACUCCUGGUGUGCGAAUCCUGCUCCUUCUCCGCCAACGUGGAAACUUUGACUUCAGACCAAACAAACUGUCCCAAGUGCAACAUAGGAACUCUAGAGCUAUCAAAGGGUAUAGAAGUCGGUCAUACAUUUUAUCUGGGUAAGAAGUACUCCAACAUAUUCAACGCCGCGUUUAGCAACACCCAGAACAAACCCACUAUCGCUGAGAUGGGCUGCUAUGGUCUUGGAGUUACCCGGAUUCUCGCUGCCGCAAUUGAGGUUUUGUCAACAGAUGAGGAAAUCCGCUGGCCAGGUCUUCUAGCGCCCUACCAAGUGUGCGUACUGCCGCCUAAAAAGGGCAGUAAAGCGGAUGAUGCUAGUGCUAUAGCGGAAGAUGUUGCACGGGGUUUGAGCGGGACGCUUGCUCAUUUGAAAGGGGAGGUGGUCCUGGAUGAUCGCAUUCACAUGACCAUCGGGAAGAGGUUGAAAGAUGCCAAAAGACUGGGUUAUCCUUAUGUGAUUGUAGUGGGGCAGGGGGCACUCGAGGAGCAGCCCAAGUUUGAGGUUAUCUGCCAGAACACUGGAGAGACUAUGUUUCUCAGUAAAGAUGGGCUCUUAGAUCUGCUGCGCACUGUGGAAACUGUAUGA